AUGACAUUCCAUCACAUGAACGAUCUCCUGACAACACACCUGACAUUCCAUCACAUGAACGAUCUCCUGACCACAAUGGAGUCGCACCUCACAUUCCAUCACAUAUUCGUCGCACCUCACAUUCCAUCACAUAUUCGGUCUCCUGACUACACACCUGACAUUCCAUCACAUAAACGAUCUCCUGACUACACACCUGACAUUCCAUCACAUGAACGAUCUCCUGACUACACACCUGGCAUUCCAUCACAUGAACGAUCUCCUGACUACACACCUGACAUUCCAUCACAUGAACGAUCUCCUGACUACACACCUGACAUUCCAUCACAUGAACGAUCUCCUGACUACACACCUGACAUUACAUCACAUGAACGAUCUCCUGACUUCACACCUGACAUUCCAUCACAUGAACGAUCUCCUGACUUCACACCUGACAUUCCAUCACAUGAACGAUCUCCUGACUACAUAACUGACAUUCCAUCACAUGAACGAUCUCCUGACUACACACCUGACAUUCCAUCACAUGAACGAUCUCCUGACAACACACCUGACAUUCCAUCACAUACUCGGUCUCCUGACUACACACAUGACAUUACAUCACAUGAACGAUCUCCUGACUACACACCUGACAUUCCAUCACAUGAACGAUCUCCUGACUACACACCUGACAUUCCAUCACAUGAACGAUCUCCUGACUACACACCUGACAUUCCAUCACAUGAACGAUCUCCUGACUACACACCUGACAUUCCAUCACAUGAACGAUCUCCUGACUACACACCUGACAUUCCAUCACAUGAACGAUCUCCUGACUACACACCUGACAUUCCAUCACAUGAACGAUCUCCUGACAACACACCUGACAUUCCAUCACAUGAACGAUCUCCUGACCACAAUGGAGUCGCACCUCACAUUCCAUCACAUAUUCGGUCUCCUGACUACACACCUGACAUUCCAUCACAUGAACGAUCUCCUGACAACACACCUGACAUUCCAUCACAUGAACGAUCUCCUGACCACAAUGGAGUCGCACCUCACAUUCCAUCACAUAUUCGGUCUCCUGACUACACACCUGACAUUCCAUCACAUAAACGAUCUCCUGACUACACACCUGACAUUCCAUCACUUGAACGAUCUCCUGACUACACACCUGACAUUCCAUCACAUGAACGAUCUCCUGACUACACACCUGACAUUCCAUCACAUGAACGAUCUCCUGACUACACACCUGACAUUCCAUCACAUGAACGAUCUCCUGACUACACACCUGACAUUCCAUCACAUGAACGAUCUCCUGACUACACACAUGACAUUACAUCACAUGAACGAUCUCCUGACAACACACCUGACAUUCCAUCACAUACUCGGUCUCCUGACUACACACAUGACAUUCCAUCACAUGAACGAUCUCCUGACUACACACCUGACAUUCCAUCACAUGAACGAUCUCCUGACUACACACCUGACAUUCCAUCACAUGAACGAUCUCCUGACUACACACCUGACAUUCCAUCACAUGAACGAUCUCCUGACUACACACCUGACAUUCCAUCACAUGAACGAUCUCCUGACUACACACCUGGCAUUCCAUCACAUGAACGAUCUCCUGACUACACACCUGACAUUCCAUCACAUGAACGAUCUCCUGACUACACACCUGACAUUCCAUCACAUGAACGAUCUCCUGACUACACACCUGACAUUACAUCACAUGAACGAUCUCCUGACUUCACACCUGACAUUCCAUCACAUGAACGAUCUCCUGACUUCACACCUGACAUUCCAUCACAUGAACGAUCUCCUGACUACAUAACUGACAUUCCAUCACAUGAACGAUCUCCUGACUACACACCUGCCAUUACAUCACAUGAACGAUCUCCUGACUACACACCUGACAUUCCAUCACAUGAACGAUCUCCUGACUACACACCUGACAUUCCAUCACUUGAACGAUCUCCUGACUUCACACCUGACAUUCCAUCACAUGAACGAUCUCCUGACUACACACCUGACAUUCCAUCACAUGAACGAUCUCCUGACUACACACCUGACAUUCCAUCACUUGAACGAUCUCCUGACUUCACACCUGACAUUCCAUCACAUGAACGAUCUCCUGACUUCACACCUGACAUUCCAUCACAUGAACGAUCUCCUGACUACAUAACUGACAUUCCAUCACAUGAACGAUCUCCUGACUACACACCUGCCAUUACAUCACAUGAACGAUCUCCUGACUACACACCUGACAUUCCAUCACAUGAACGAUCUCCUGACUACACACCUGACAUUCCAUCACUUGAACGAUCUCCUGACUACACACCUGCCAUUACAUCACAUGAACGAUCUCCUGACUACACACCUGAACAAGUGCCGCUACAGAUUAAACCAUCUACAUUCCAGUUGUUUAUCUUGACGGCCAUUAAACAAUGGAGCCUGGCAUUGGCAAACCAGUGGGUGAUAGUAUGA